ACAAUCUUUGCAUUACAAUCUUGUGUAGGAAAAGAGAAGAUGAAGAGGGUUUCCUUUGUUGCCUUAUGUGUUGUGGCACUGGCGGUGGUGACGUUUUCGGGUGAAAUUUUCACGGCGGAGGCAGUGACAUGUAGUCCCACUGAGCUUAGCGCCUGCUUACCGGCGUUCACGUCGACGGCAGCUCCAUCAACCAAUUGUUGCAGCAAGCUGAAGGAGCAGCAGCCAUGCUUUUGUACGUACAUUAAGAACCCGUCUCUUAAACAGUAUAUCAACAACCCCAACGCUAAAAGGGUUGCUUCCAUUUGCAACGUCCCAUAUCCCAAAUGUUAAAUGUUGCUUAAUUAGUGUAUCUGCAAUCUACCGACAGCAAAUAGGGCUUGUUUUUGCUGUCUAAGUACUAUUCUAAAUAAAAGAUUAGUGAGCAGAAGGUAUCAGAUAAAA